ACCUACAUGGUCUAUUUCAAUUUCUUUGCUUGCGUGCUCACUCCUCUGGUGAUCAUGUUCCUCAUCUACGCCCAAAUCUUUGUCACAGUUAAGCAGCAAGUGCGGCGCAUCACAUCUGAGCAAAGCGGCAGAGGUGACGGACAAAUCAGGACCGCGGCCAGCAUGCGGCGAGAGAUGAAGACAGCUACUUCUCUCUUUCUGGUUCUUUUCCUCUUUACGGUCUGCUGGAUCCCACUUCACAUAAUCAACUGCUUCCUGCUUCUGUGUCCACGCUGCUAUGUACCUCUUGAGCUUCUGCUCACAGCCAUCAUCUUGUCACACGCAAACUCUGCUGUCAACCCUUUCCUUUAUGCCUACACCAUGACGGCUUUCAGGGACACAUUUAAAGCUAUUUUUAUGUGCUGCAGGACAGUGGUGGACAGAGAGGCUUUAAAUGAGACCAACAGCAGGGAUCAACGCUAGACCUGAUCAUAACUUUAAUCCCAGGCUUCAAACCGAAUAAAUGAUUUUG